AUGGCGAAGAACAAGAUUACUCAGCCUAGACUCCAUCACACUGCUGAGCAUGCGAACGGGAAUGGCCACUUUUCCGGCUCUCAAGUCAAGCUGCAAAUCUUGGUUGUCGGUGCAGGACUUGGUGGCCUAGCCACAGCUGUUGCUCUAGCUCGUCAAGGUCACGAGGUAACCGUCUUGGAGCAGGCAGCUGUCUUGGGCGAGGUUGGUGCAGGUAUCCAGAUCCCUUCGAAUUCGUGCAGAUUGCUCUUGAAAUGGGGUCUCGGUCCAUAUCUUGAACAAUAUGCCGUGAAGCCAGAUAGUAUGACAUUUCGAAGAUGGGAGAACGGCGAUCCGAUCGCGUAUACAAGACUCUCCCCAGACUUUGAAACCAGAUACGGAGCACCCUAUUUCGUGAUCCAUCGCGCUGACUUCCAUCGUGCCCUUUGUCGCCGAGCAGAGGACCUUGGAGUAAAGAUUGUGACUGACAGCAGGGUCACUGACUACGACGAGUCAAUUCCUUCUGCCACAACUUUUGAUGGCCGUGAAUACCGUGCCGACUUGGUCAUUGCUGCAGAUGGCGUCAAGUCUCAAGCUCGAUCAGUUGUUCUCAGUGGUCCAGACCUACCACCUCAAAAGACUGGUUUUGCGGCUUAUCGCGCUACAGUAAACACAGAGGAGAUGGAGCGGGAUGAGGAUACGGCCUGGUUACUUGAGAAGCCUGGGAUCAAUAUCUGGAUUGGGGAAGACCGCCACGUCAUGACAUAUUCUAUCGCUGGGGGCAACUCUUUCAACAUGGUCUUGUCUCAUGUCGACCAUUCAUCACCUAGUACGUGGAAUGCCGAGAAUGCAAUCCGCGAUAUGCAAGACUCGUUCAAAGACUGGGACCCAAAGCUGUUCAAGGUGAUCAAGAUGAUCAAGAGUACGCUCAAGUGGCCGUUGAUGAGCGGCAGUCGUCUCCAAACUUGGAUUUCCAGGAGCCAGAAGCUUCUUAUCCUUGGAGACGCUGCCCACGCCAUGGUACCAUACAUGUCUCAAGGUGCCGCUAUGGCCGUAGAAGACGGAGCAGCUCUAGCCACAGCGAUCUCCAAGAUCAAGUGCAAAGACCAACUUACAACUGCUCUGCAUAUCUUUGAGAAGGAGAGGAUGAAUCGGAGUUACGGUAUGCAGUCUGCGAGCUUGGUAAAUGGGAAGCUAUGGCACUUUCCAGAUGGCCCUCUGCAACAGGCUAGGGACCUUGGAAUGAGGGCUGAGGUGGAAGGGAGGCCGUUUGUUGAGAGCACGAAUCAGUGGAGCGAUCCGGUAACUCAGAUAUGGGCCUAUGGGUAUGACGCCGAGGAUGCUAUUGACGAGCUCUGGCAGAGCGAGGGUGUAUAA